AUGUACAAGGGCAAAGGCAAAGGCAAAGUCAGGGACGAGUUCUUGGACUACUGCGUCUCGAGGGUUGACCCUGAAGACAGAGGAAACUUGCGCCAACACCUACUUCCGCUGUCCCGGCUGCUAGCAACGAGGCUGAGAUACAAGGAUGGUUUUUUCAGAAAAAUGGGAAUCGACAUGGACCAGGACGGGUACAUUGAUCUCACGCAGGUCCUGAAGUUGGAUGAGUUCCAGCGCUGGACCGCCUUGGACGUGAAAGAAGUUGUCCAGGAGUCUUUCUCCAAGGACAAGCCGCGGUUCCAGAUAACAGAAAGAGGGCGGCGCCUUUUCAUCCGCGCCUUUCACAAGCGCCCCGGAGUUGAACCAGAAUGGCUGCGCAAAGACCGCCUUCGCGAGCGAACCCCCAGCCCGGGUCCGCCGGAGCUUCCAUCGGAUCCCUUCGAGGUGGGCAGCGAUGAUGGCGUCGGAAGUGUCCGACGAAACAAGAUGGCAGUUGCAACGCCACCGAUGUGCUUCGACUUGAGCCAGGAGGACUCCGCAGACGAGGAUGUGGACGCCGAAGCAGAGCCGGAGAACACGUUGCCGCAAGAUGCGGUGCUCUCCUCGUUGGGCGACGAAUGGUUCAGGAUGCCACUGGAGGGCUCGAUCUACGCCUGGGUCUGCCGGCGACAAGAUGGCUCUGAAGAUGGCUUCGUCGAGAUGAACCCUGCCCCUUGGGUUCAUGUUGGCCCUGGCGAAGUGGAUGAGCUGCUCGGCAAAGUGAUGACUGGCUCUGUCACUGUGCGGCCAUGCUGGAUCAACGAAUCCACCCAGGAGUUCUUCUUCAUCGAGGAGGACCCAGAAAUAAAGUGGCUUGUCCUCUGUAUAGCUUCAACCGUGAUGGCGGCAGCCUCUGACGACCUGGAAAUCACGGUGCCUUCGACGUCAGUCGAGGCCGACCCAUCUUCGAUCAAUCACUUCCACGUGCUUGAAGACAUCGCGGCCUUCACAAACGGUCGGCUGACAACGCAGCUGGCGAAACGAAGCUUCGUGCGCAACGUGCAGAUUAGCGUCUUAGUGGCCACGUGGGCUGUGGUACUGUCCCUGCCGAUCAUCAUCUGGCCAUGGGCAGCUGUCAUGAAUCACGCGUGGUGUCGCGACCUCUCCUUACCUGACUGCAACAUGCAUCCUGGCGUCUGCCGGGUGGAAUGGAGCCUCUGGAGGUUUACGACGGAAUGCGUGCCCUCCAAACCCAGCGCCUUUCUGAACCUUUGGGGGACUAUGCUGCUUCAGUUUGUUUUCUCCGUUUAUGUGGACCUGGGCAUGACCACCAAGUUUACCUUACAGGGCCUCUUUGGCUCGUGCUUAGCAUAUGUGAAUGUCAUGUUCCUGAACCGGGUGCUGGGAUUUUUAUUCGCCGGCGGUGCCUACAACGGAGACAAGUUCACGGUCUCCGUGCCCAUUCAAGGAGAAUCCUACCAGACCGCUUCCUACGCAGUCUCUUACUGGCUUCCGUUGUGCAACAACGGCGAAGUCAGGUUUGCUGACAACGCAGCCCAUUGCUUAAUGAACAUUUGGCUGGACAAGCUGACAUGGUCCGGCUUUCUGAGAUUGGGCGUCCUGUGGGUGGACUUUGCCCUUUUCGUACUCCUUUGUUUCUCUGUACCUUUCGAUCCCAACCCGCGGAUGUUUGCUCUAUCGACGCACGUCAGCUUUAUGAUGACUUUCGUGAAUCCUUCCGCCGACGGCUUCUCGACUGAGCCGACCUAUGCCACGGACUAUCUUUCCAUGAUCCUGGCUGCCUCCGUCAUGUCCUUGCUUUGCUUCUUUCUGCCACGGCUCCGCUUCACAGCGACUGAAGCUGCUGGGGACUGGGCCUGCGACGCCCUGCAAGCCACGAGAGUGUUGGUGAAGCAUAUUCCAAGUUCCCUCGAUGGUGUACUCCGUCUCAAGAUCCGGACUGUGGAGCAGUGCGCUGUGCAGCUUCUGCAAAGGCUUGAGAGGAGUCUGGCCUCUGCAUGGUUUGAGGGCUACGCCUAUGCGUACUGGAAGUGCCGCAGCGACUACGACAAAAAGCGCUACCAACGGCUGAAGCUUCUUGUGGAUGGCCUACACCGAUGUCUGGACCGGCUCCCAGCCGUUUACUCUGCGGCGGCCUUGGUGGACACUUCGGGAGCCUGGGUGAGCGAAGAAGCCUUCCAGCUUUUGCAGCAGCACAGCGAGCGAACGGCCACAAAGAUGGCCCAAGUCCUGCGCUGCGCCUUCUCAGAGGCAUCGCGGGAGGAGCCAGGCAGCAGCCAGAUGGGUCUCGCG